AUGGAAGCCCCGAAGCCCGCGAUGACCACCAGCACCCAGCCCCAGGCGGUCCAGAUGAGUGCGAUGAGCCCCCCGCAGCGCGCGAACCAGUCGCAGGAGUGCCAGAACCAGAAGGCGAGCCGCCUCCGCGGUGGAGGCGCGGGCAAGGACUGCUUCAUCGGCGCCUUCUCGUGCUUCAUCUGCUUUGAGGGGUGCAAGGACUGCUGCGAGUGCUGCGCAGACAUCAUCUGCUGCCCGUGCGAGAUGUGCUGCUAA